AUGGCCGACGGCGUCCUUCUGACAACCGCGCCGGCAGCGCUAACACUGGUGUUCUUGCUGUUCUUCGGCGCCGCGCACGGUCAGCUUCAGAUGGGGUUCUACUCCGACUCCUGCCCCGGCGCCGAGGACAUCGUCACCGCCGCCGUCCAGGAAGCCGCCGCCUCGGACGCCACCAUCCUCCCCGCCCUCGUCCGCCUCCAGUUCCACGACUGCUUCGUCAGAGGAUGCGACGCGUCGGUGCUGAUCACGAGCGCGGGCAACGCCGCGGAGGUGAACAACAACAAGCACCAGGGCCUCCGCGGCCUGGACGUGGUUGACCGCGCCAAGGCGGAGCUCGAGGAGCAGUGCCCCGGCGUCGUCUCCUGCGCCGACAUCAUCGCUCUCGCCUCACGCGACGCCAUAGCCAUGCAGACCAACGGGCCGUCGUUCGAGGUGCCGACGGGGCGGCGCGACGGGCUGUCGUCGAACGUGCGCGACGCCGACGUGCUGCCGGACGUGAGCGACUCCAUCCAGGUGCUCCGCUCCAAGUUCGCCGCCAGCGGCCUCAACGACCGCGACCUCGUUCUCCUCACAGCGGCGCACACGAUCGGCACGACGGCGUGCUUCUUCGUCAAGGAUCGGCUGUACAGCUACCCACUGCCGGGCGGCCGCACGGGGUCGGACCCGUCGAUCCCGGCGGCGUUCCUGUCGGAGCUCAAGGCCCGGUGCGCGCCCGGUGACUUCAACACGCGCGUACCGCUGGACCGCGGCAGCCAGGGCACGUUCGACGACUCCAUCCUCCGCAACAUCCGCGCGGGCCUCGUCCCCAUCGCCUCCGACGCGGCGCUCGAGGCCAGCAACGCCACCGGCGCGCUCGUCGGCGCCUACCUCGGCGCGGCGUCUUCCAGCUUCUCGCAGGAUUUUGUGGCCGCCAUGAUCAAGAUGGGCACCAUCGGCGCCAUCACCGGCGACGCCGGGGAGAUCAGAGACGAGUGUUCGGCGUUCAACACGAACUGA